CUCUUGAAUAAAAUCUCAGUUGCAUGCAGACGGUCGAUCAAUAACAGUAGCCGUAGUGUGAGAGAAAGAGAGAGAGAGAGAGAGAGAGAGUGAGAAAGUUGGGAGAAAAGCCGAGCGAUUUUCGUGCUUUCACUGGUUUAUGUGGCACUCGACGGACCGCAACAAGUGAUCAAAAUUGAUACCGCAGAGGUAGCCAGGCUGAGGAAGCACUCGUACCUGCUGGAGAAUCUCUUCUUGCCCUAACAAAAUGACGUCUGUGCUGAACUUGAAGAAGCAACAAUCUGACGAUCCUUUGGAUCACGAGCCACUAGUAUCGGUCGAAUUCGAGGUCUUUGGCAAAGUUCAAGGUAUGCCAUCAGGUGUUUCGUUCACGAGAUACGUGCGAGAUCUGUGCGAGAAAAUGGGCAUCGUCGGAUGGGUGAAGAACAGCAAGACCGGCACGAUCAUGGGCAAAAUGCAGGGACCCCAGUCGCUCAUCGAUCAGAUGGCACAAUGGCUCUCGAAAGUUGGAAGUCCAGAAAGCGAAAUACAUCACUGCGAAUUCAAAGAUUUGUGUACCGUCGCUAAGCCUGGCUACGUAGGCUUUAAAGUUCGCUUCUAAACGUCAAACGUUAUGCGCAAGCAUGGAUGUGCGUGUAUAUAUUUAUAUGAAUUGUAAUUGAAAUGUACAAAGUAUUAACGCGAUAAUUUUCAACGAUCGAUUGAAUAAAAAUUUAUAUUUGUAUAAAUGUUUUAUCAUAUUUAAGGAGUGAAUGUUAUAUAGAUGCGCGCGAGAGCCAUUAAGUGUCUACUGUGUACCUACGAUCGAUUGUAAUCGACAUUAAUUUAGGAGUUGUGCCACUCUAUUUUUAUAUAUAAAAAUAAACCAAUACGAAAAUCGCAAA